UCUUACGGCACGCAAAGCUUAUAGGGAGUCUGUGCAAUCCAUCGGCCACUCUGUUGCGGAAAGCCUUCGAGAGAGGUAACGACUAACAACUCCAACCAUGAAAGCCUCCUUCCUCCUCUUCUGCCUCCUAUUCCAAGGCAUAACUUCAGAGCUGUUCAUAGACCUCAGUCAGUGUGGGGAUGUGCCAGUCAAAAAUAAGCUAGUGCAGGUAGGCACAACGAACUGCAGCGACCAAAGGCUGGAUUUCUCCGAAGUCGCUGAGAAACUCCUGCAGCUAGACUUGGACAGGAAUGUUAUCGCAAUCAACGCUAGGAAGAAAUGUUGGUCAACGGCUGCUGAUCCCUACAGAGAACCGCUGCUUCUUUCUUAUUAUUCAGAACUGAUGCACAAAAACACUACCAAAGAGUUGAUAAAGUUACUGGAUAUGGGUCAGACGGCUCUGGGACAUCAAGAUGCAUUCCUCACCGCCAUCGUGAACACCAAAGUCAUGCACUGUCUGGGAGAUUACCUCUGGGCAAAAGGGCUUAUCACUAGAAAUCUGUGGGAUGUCCUUGACGAAUAUUGGUUCACAGAAUACCAGCGAGGUUACAAAAUGUCCUCAGGGUUUGAACAUGUGUUCGUGGGUGAGCUGAAGCUCGGAUAUAUAAAAGGGUUGCACAACUGGGAAGGCUUAAAGAAGAAAGGUUACCCAUUUUGCUUCACCAAGGUUGUCCGGUUAGAUCAAAAGGGCUACGUCGUCGAGGCGAGGCUCCAGAGAGGAAACCAGAUCAAGACCUUCUUCGUCGAAACAACGCCCGAGCUGGAGAUGGCCUUCUACACUCUCUGCUUCAGCUUCAGGACCUUCGACAAGAGGCACGAGUGCUUCUUUAACUUCAGGAACUUCUACAUCCGCACAUUCAAGCACAACCUCGGAUAUACCGAAGUCAUCGAAGCUUCUUAUCCGAUUGUUCUGUAACAGUGCAAUUCCAAGACAGAAAAUGGGUAUUCUCAUAGACGCUAUGUCAUAGGGUAUUGAUUUUGCCAUUUAUUUUUAUAUUUAUAAACACAUUAUCGUUUAGAAGGUAGGUAAAAAUAAAGCCUUUUAUCAAGGAAAGUUGGUUAUCGACUGUCAGCUAAAAUAAGAUUUUUGUUAGAAGGCUCAUUUAUUAUAGGAUUUUAGAACUUUUUUCGUUACCAUUUCAAUAAGUUACAGAAAAAUCAUGAUUAUAAUAAAGAAAGGUUAAGGCAAGAACGUGUUAUGGAAAGAUACAUUCAAUGCAGUGAAAAUUAUCCUUUUAGGGGAAAUGUCCACAAAGUGAAUGUUUUAGAGCUAAUGAUGAUAGAAGUAAUGUAUUGUACUGUCAUUCUAUAAACUUCAUUGUAGGAAAUAUAAUGUUGAACAGAACAAUUAGCGGAAGUAAAGCAAAGAUAUGCAUAGCUUUUGAAAUAAAUGUAUGAGACGAAUAGUGACGAAAGACAAGUAAUCUAUGACAGUUAUUUAUUACAAGAUGGUGCUGACUCAUCAUUCGGACGAGAACAUGCACAGCACUUACAGCUCACUCUUCAUCUAUAUUAGUUGAUGUGGGAUCUAUGCUGAACAUUAUAUAUAUAUAUAUAUAUAUAUAUAUAUAUAUAUAUAUAUAUAUAUAUAUAUAUACAUACAUAUUUAUAGA